AUGCGAGUUGCUAGACUGGUAGGUAAAAUCGCCGCCUUAACCUCGCACUGGGUUUUCACAAUGAGCACAACCACAGCGACCUCGGUCGCUACCACUUCGAGCACGACGCUGCAAACCAUCAGCAGCAGCACGAGCACGAGCACAGGCCCAGCAUGUCCCGCCACCGCGAUCCCGAACGCGGAAUAUGCAUGGCGGAGGGAGCGCAUCCCGUGCUACAGCCCCUACCGCGAAGACGAGCUCGCCUCCAACGUCACCAGCAAGAUGCGGGAGUGCUGCGCCUCCGAAGUCGUCGUUGCCAACUACGUACCCGAGCUGGCCGCCGGUUUCCCCUCCCGAAGGGGCUGCCUCUUUAUGUGCAACGUUUCCGACCGCAGGAUCAUGUACCGCAACGGCGUCGACGAUGCGGGCAUGGCGAGAAUUCUCAAUUGCGUCUACAGAUCCAGCAACGGCUCGCGCAGCUUUGAGCUGGAUAUAAACUGCGCGCCCAUGCUCAAGAGUGGAGGCGACCGAGGCGGAUUUCUGCGGGUGGCUUGGUGA